AUGCCUUUCCCUUUUGUUCUCCCCACGACAUCCGCAUUCUCCUUCUCCUCGUGUUUCAGCUGUGAUUCACACCCAUCGCUCCCCUUGACCACCAGCGGCCGGCGAGGGGUGGUAAGAGAUGCCCUGAAGAAGCACAAACGGUCGCCGCCGAAUGCGCGCAUCGGAAGUCUGGCCACCGUCGUCUCCAGCAUCGACGGCUACCUGCCUUACCUGCUCGCCGUGGACGCUGGCGUGAGCUCGCAGUGCUUGGACGGCGGUGAGGUCAUAAGCGUCGUUUUGAAGACGGCGCCGUCCAUCGGCUGGAGGCCAACAUUAUCCGGCGACAUUGUCCCUGGUAGAGAAAGAUCUCGGAUCAAGAUCACCUCGUUGGAAUAUGAAAUAUUCUUCGUCUUGUCCUCGCUGGCGUAUGCAUACACCUUGACUGCCAGAUCGACGUUGCACCCGUUGUACACGACCACGACCGAUUUCUUGGGCAUCAAAGAGAGGACGACUGCCGUCACGACGGCCACAAAGUAUCUGCUCGAUGCUGCGUCGCUGUACGACUACCUGUCCUUGCGGAGCGAGCAAAUCUCCAGCACGGCACCAUGCGCAGAUGUUGCGCCCACCACGGCGAGGGCACUGUCGUCCCUGGCUCUGGCAGAGGCAACACUGCUGGCCGUGCUCAAGGAUGAUCCCUAUCCGGCAGCGGUCGCCCAGGGCCGCAACGAGACCGACAAAGAAUGGAUGUUCAAAGCCCCCGAUAUACCCAAAGUACGAGCCCACCUCUUCGCUCGCCUUUGUCUCGCCGCGUCUGAACACGCAGCUGAGGCCGCGUCACUACUACAGUCCGCCGGUUCGGGUACCAACAAGGUGAACCCAGUGCUUCUGAAGUACCUCGAGCAUCUACGUCGCACAAGCAGAGCAAAGGCCUGCCGAUUCUUCGGCAUCGACGCCGAGCUGGGCGGACAGACUGCUGAAGGUAUUGGCUGGCUGCGGGUGGGUCUGCAAGAAUUAGGCGUCGAGGUCAAGGCGGCGAAACAGCUGAGCUUCGGGCUGAGCAGGCUGAAGAAAGAUAUGACCGAGAAGCGGGAGGAUCGCCGCGUGGAAAGGGAGACGGACUGGGGCUCGGAUGCAGGCAGACUUGAGGAGACGAGGAUCAUUGAGUUGCUUGACAAGAAGUGGAACAAGAUCAAUGACACCAUGAACACGAGGGCUAUUCCGCCGCCCAGCACUCUCCUGCCCAAAAUGCCAUCUGGCCGAGAGAUCUAUACCGUCAAACCGUACCAGCCGCCCACGCUGGAUCGGCAUGUGUUGGAAGCCAUGCGGUCACCACCCGACAGGGAAGACGAUCUCGCCGGUGAUCUGAGCUCAGAUGAUGACGCCAGCGGACCAUCGGCACCGUCGGGCGCGUUUCCGGGGACAUCAGCAGAGUACGGCGUGAAUCGCAGCGGCAGUGGUAGCGGCAACGCAUACUAUUAG